UGCGUUUGUAAGUGAGCAGAUCAGGUUAGAAAUGGAAUUUUUUAAAAAAGGAAAGAAGUAAUCAAACACUUACUCUUUUGAAUGAAAAUUGACAGUGUUCUCUUCUUUACGAAAACAUUUCGUUGUCAUAUCAUUUGAAGUUAUCUUCCACAAUACCUUCUUUCAGUUGGGAAAGCCUCGCUUCCUUUGAAAAUUUACGCGUUUUUCUUGGGAACAUUGAUCAAUUCUUGUUAGAAAAGUUAAUUUUUAAGGAGUCUUAAGUUCUUUACAUUCGUUGAGGUUUUAAUUUAACCAUACUAGUCAUUUUGCUUUCAUAUUAGCAAACUUGAAAUAUGGCUUCCCACAAUGAAAAAUCAUAUGUAACAGAAGAACAAAAAUCUCAAAAUCUUUCCUCUAAGCCUGAGAUGUCUGAAAGUCACGAGUCAAUGGAAAAGUUCAUCACUCAAGGAAACAUGGCUUACGCACAGAAAGACUACGAGUCAGCAGUGGAAAAAUAUAGUCAGGCAUUGAUUGAAUCCGAGAAUACACAUGGUUCCGAUAGCCUUGAAAAUCGGAAUAUCUUAUGGUUGUACGGAAGGGCACUUUUCCAAGUUGCAGUAGCAAACAGCCAAGUAUUAGGAAAUGUCGUAGACCCAGCAGAUGGGGCAGAAGAUGACGAAGAUGAAGAGAAGCAAGCAGAACCCAUUGGCUCUUUUUCUUUCACUGGCCAAAAAAUAGAGAACCGUUAUGCUGCUCCUACAAAUAUUGAAAAUGUAGGAGGUUCUACUUCUUCACAAGGUAAAAAGGAAGAGGGACAAGAAGGACAAGAACAAGAUGAGGGUGAAGAUGAAGAUGAAGAUGACUUUAAUGUUGCCUGGGAAGUAUUAGAUUUAACUCGCGUAAUGCAAACCAAAGCUAUCGAAGAACACCCAGAGUCAUCAGAUGAGAAGUUACGUCUUGCAGAUGUUUUAGAUUUACUUGGUGAAUUAUCAUUGGAAAUUGAGAACUUUGCACAAGCUGCUGAGGACUUGCAAUCUGCUCUUCAUUGGAAGGAGCAGGUCUACAAAGAAGGAAAUACUUUGCUUACUGAGGCCCAUUAUAAAUUAGCCUUAGCUUUAGAAUUUGCAAAUCCAAGCGAUCCAUCCACAAAGGAUCGUGCUCGCGAGCACGUUGAAACGGCAGCUAAUAUUUUACGAGAUAUCCUUGAAAAUCGAAAGAUAAAAGAACAAGAAACGAAAGGAAAAAAACGAGAAGGUAUUAAAGAAGGUGCUGGCUCAACAAUUGAGGAUUUGCAAGAAAUGUUGGGUGAGCUGGAGCAGAAAGCUCAUGAUCUAAAACACGGCGGACCGUCUUUAGAAGAAGCUGUGGCUUCAAAGAUGCACGAGUCUUCUCUUCUUUCUGGAAAAGAUGGAAAUUUGGCAUCCGCCGUGGCUAACGCAUUACAGAAUGCAAACGAUUUGGGAGGACUCAUUAAACGCAAGCGUCCCCAGCAGGAAUCUCAAGCCACGCAACAAGAGGAUCAAAAUAAAAAAUCAAAAUCAGAACCGGAAUUCAAUGAACAAAAGGUUCCAAAAUAAGCUACGAAACAUUGCCGAACAUGAACCCCCUGCUUUACAACCUUCUCUACAAAAUUUUUGCGCUACAGUCAAGUUUAUAUCCAGGUUUGAAUAAAGUAAAUAUUGUUUCUAUGAAUAAUUAACGAUAUAUAUCAAUGUCUUUUCGCCCGC